AUGAUGGUCCCGAAUGCGUCCAAGAAGAGGCCUUCUUUUGCCAACGGCCCGAGAAUAUUAGUGGCGUCGAAUGCAUCCGGGAUCAUGUCUGUCACUUGUGGCGGCAGGGAACACGUUGCUGCGGAUAACACGGACGAGGUGAAUGAGCACGACGCCACUGGACACAAGAAUCUCGUUUUAGAAAGUAUCGUUGCGGGCAGUGGAUUUGUUGCUGAGGGUGAUGCGUACGGAUUGACACAACGCAAUGCCUCUGGACACGAUAACAGACCCCAAUUACGAGAAUUCACCGCGCAGUAUUCCGGGAGCGGCGGGAGUCCACACGACUGCUUUGCCCUGCUCAACGACGCGAAAUUGACACUGCGAGAGUUAACUGUUGGCGGCACUGUGCGUGUGCGUGUGUGUGUAUUGGGUGUUGCUGCUUCUUCUGGGGUUGUGUGGAGUUGUGGCAGUCUUUUGAGCCGAAGAGUGUGGAAUUGCGACUCCUCACGGAGAACACGUGCCGCGUUGCAUGCGUGUUUUCUUUUAUUAUUUAUAUUUUAUUUUGUUGGUUUUGUUGUUUUCCUGGAAUAA